AUGGCCCGCUUUGGUGGACACGCGCUCCGUGACUUGGCCCGCGGUGUGGUGGGAGCUGCCGUCGGCAUCCGGUCCGACGUCGACCCUACUCCGGACGAUGUCGAGGCCCAGGCCGUCCCGACGGACACCCCGGCCCAGGACACCACUGUGGCUCCGGACCCGGCCCCCCCCGUGGAUCCACCUGCCACUCCGUCCCAGCCCCGGGCCAAACGUGGUGCCGACUUUCUCGCGCCCCAAAAGCAGCCUCCCAGCCACCCCCCCACGACUGGUGGCUUGCCAGCUGCUACCGCCGGACCCCCUAAGAAGAAGGCCAGCUUUCCUCCGGCCCGGCCUUCCACCCCUUCUUUUCCCCCCGCCAAGCCGGCGGCUGCUCCAUCCGAUGCGGCUCCCAAAGCUCCUGCGGCAACUGCUAAGGCCGCUCCGCCGCCACUCGAGAUGGACCUCUCCGUCCUAUGCACCCUGGACGAUGAUGCCAUUUACCGGUCCUUGGCCGACUUGCCGCCGUCCCAGGUGACUCGCCUUCUUUGCUUGAUCGCGGAGGUCGCCCAGGACGUCACUUAUGCCAUGGGCAACCUGGGCCAGCUUGACGUCGAGGUUCCGGUCGCGCACAUGUCCCAGACCGGCCCGCCUCCGAACCGAGGCCGCUACCCACAGACUACUCGUGGUGACCUCGCACCGUUGCUGGCCGGUCCGCGCUUUCCGGACCAACGGGCUGCCGAUGCCAUUCAUGCCGGUCUGGACCAGAACGAUGGCACCGGGCCCGCCGAUGGCAACGCGGCCCAGCCAACCCCCCCCGCAGCUGGUGGUGAUUCCGGUGGCCUCCGCGUGCUGCCCGGAUUCGCCCGCCCGCGCCAGGCCCUCCUUACGGACACGUCGGCCGUCGACCCGAAUGCGCCCCUGGUCCACUCUGAUCCCAACCGCCCCGGCUGCACUCCGGUCUUUGUGGAUCGGGGCCAACUCACCCCGCGCCGGGCCAAUACCGGCCCCUGGACCAUCAGUGAAGGCUGGGAGCGCCUCCGGCCCGUUCAUCCGCACGGACUCCUGGCCCUGGAGCAGGACUUGCCAAGCUGGGCUCCGCUCCAGGAGCCUCCGUCGGUUUUGUCUCACCUGCACAUUCGCGGCCCGGUGCUUUGCACUUUUCUGCCUCUCGCGGCCGGCCUGAUCCGGCCCCGCUGCGGCGAUGCCCAAAAAGUCGUGGAUCCCCGCCUUGCUGCCAACAUCGAGCUGGAGACCAUCGAGGAUGCGCCGGUACCUGUGCAUCCGCCGGUGACCCCUGCGGGCAACCCGGCCUUGGCAUCCGACCUUGGUUCCUUGCUCCAUGGCUUUCCUUUGCAGCCCUCCGCUGCCGCUCCUCUGAUCACACCGCCCCGCCCGCAGCGGUUGUGCCGGUCGCUACUGCUCACCCGGUCGGUCCUCCCUUACCUGGAGCUGGGCGACCGUUGCACCCUGUUUUUACAUACCAAGCUGGUACCCGCGCCUCGGGAACUCCAAGCACGUGCCAUUGCGAAAAAUGCCCCCAGUACUUUGCAGCUUUACUUGCGUUCCUGGUCUGCCUGGGUCCGGCACUGUAUCCUUUCUGGGAUUGAUCCGGCCGACCCGCCGCCCGGUGCACUCCCGUCCUGGCUUCAGCUGACUUCUGCCCCUUCUGGCCUCUCUACCACCAGUUUCAAGGCCUUGAGUUGGAUGGCCAAGGUGGCGGGCUUGCCUUCUAUACAGGUACAGUUGCACACUCCGCUCUGCUCCGCCUUUCUCUCCUCGACCGGCCCGGUGGAAAAGCGUGAAGCAUUGCUUCUUUCCGUGUCCUUUGUUGUCUGGCUCGAACGGUCCGUGAUGGAUCCCACGACUCUGCUUGCCGAGGUCCUGCUUCGGGGGUCGGUCCUGUGCCUGAUUUGGUCGUCUCUUCGUUGGAAUGACGGCCUUUGGUCUCCCCCGUCCCGGGUGAUACUGCAAUCCGGCUCCACUGCCCUGACCGGUGUCGCCACCCGCACUAAAAGCUGCCGAGCCAACAUGCCGUGGGGUUGCCAGCUCUUCGGGUUGACGGGCUCGCCGUCUGCUUGUUGGGGCAUUUCCUGGCUUAACGCCCUUCAGCAGUGCCUAUCCGACACCAAACGCACGUUCCCGGACCGCACGGUGGAUUUCUUGCUGCCGGUCCUCGGGCCUGACCCUGCCUCUCCGGUGUUUGUCUCUCCUUUGCACCGGUCCCGCGCCAUGCCCUGGCUCCGGGCCCUCCUGCAAGAACACUGGCACCUGCACUCCCCCGAGGCCUGCCCGCCUGAGCACUCCAUGUAUGGGGUUCACAGCUGCAAGGCCACUGUUUUAUCCUGGGCCAGGCAGCUUAACCUGGACCCCGAGCUUCGCCGUCUGCAAGGCCAUCACCGUCCGUCCUCCAUGGAAGGCUCCGUUCGGGUCUAUAGCCGAGACGAUAUAGGCCCAAUGUUAUCGUUGCAGGCUGAGGUAAUUAACCGAAUCCGGUCCGGUUACCGCCCCCUUCAGCCAGUGGGCCGCGGCUCUAGCAAACCCUUGCCUGACUUUCGGGUGUCCUUGCCGCCCCCGGAUAGCAACAUGGGUGGCAUGGCGCCUCGGGAAAGCUCUGCCCGAUCUCGCUCCCCCCGGCGCCGUCCGGAGCCGGAUAAAGAGGAGAUGGAAAGCACUGACCUCUCCGAUGACAGCUCCGACUCCGAACAAUCCGGGGCCUCGGGUUCGGACGAUGACUUUGCCAAGCCUCGGCCACCUCGCUCCCAACAGCGAGAGCCCAGCAUGAAUGGAUUUCUGCAUAACCCUCGCAGCAACGUCUUGCACCGUCCCGUUCCGUGCCCGCCCGACACUGCAAAAUCCGUACGCGUGCAUGGUGCUCCGCCCCGCCUGCGGGUGCCCAGCUCUGCCUCCGCCGUGCCUGCCAGACGUGAUGUCCCGCCACGCUGUGAAGAAGAUGCAUUUGCAUGUGCCAGCUCGUGCUCGUUCCUGCGCCUGUGGUCACACUUGUAUGCACUGUCUUUCUUCCGCAGCCGUUUUCUGUUUCAGCCUGCCCCGCCCCAACCCUCCCUUUCUUUUCGCCAUCUUCCGCCAUGGCGUCUGAUGGUUACCCGUCGGCUGGGCCUGGGGGCCGUCCGGUUCGAGCGGCCUGGGACCGUGAUGGCGCGGUUCUCCUGCCGUCUGCUCCGGAACUGCAAGACCUGGAAGAUUUUACCGACCAGCAACUCCUUGACCUCUUGCGCCGCUGCUCGGUCAGCUUCCUGGCCCGACUGGUCCGUCUUUGUGGGAGCAUCCUGCGACCGCCCCGGGUGGAUCCGACCCGCAGACGCCAGCAUCAAAAUCACGCGUGCCGCAUAUGCCACCGCUUCGGCUCUUAGGAUCAGGGUAGGCCGUCAGCUUGGACUUUUCCUGCCGUCAUCCUGGAUUUUUUGCUCCUCUGACAUGUCUGGUUCUGGCACACCCGCCUUUGACGAUCCUGCGGCGUUGGUUGCCCUGCUCCGGCAAUGGUCUGCUCCAGAUGAGCUUCUGGAGGUCCUCACUGUAAAGGGGUUCAAGACCAUCGCGACCAUUGCCUACGCUAUCCCUCCGGAUGGCUCCCCUGACGACUGGAUUCGCGUCUUGUGGCCUCCGACUGACCCCAACGACACCUCGGCCAGGAUCACACCAUCUGCCAGUUUUGCACGACGCCUUCUGGUGCAGGCGCGCGACCUUGUGCAUCCGGCACCUGCCCCGUCGACCCCUGCCUCUGCCGGGAGCGCUCCGCCUUCCCUUCCUGGCCCAAAAAUCACGGCCGAAGCGGCGGAGCUGCUGCGUCAAAAAUUCAUUGAGGCCUAUCCGGGAGAAAUCCUCUCCCCGUCCAACACACCCAGUUUGGAAUUUCUCAACCGCCUCCGUUCUGAGCUGGACAAGCCAACAACCCUGUGGAUUCCGUGGCGCUUGAGGACAUCUGAGCAUGACGUUCAGACGUUCUAUGAACAUCGCCGACCCAGGUCGGACAACCAGCUCCUCCGCUCCUUAUUGGAUGAUGUUCCGGACCCGGUUGUGGCUCACGCUUCCGUGCCUAACUCUGGCCCCGUUGAGCCCCUGCUUCGCCGCCACUUUGGGAUUCUGGUCACGGCCUUGGCUUUCCUGGGUGACCUGCACCUGCGUAUCGGCAAGAUUUUUGCGGAGUCUUUCAUUGCAUCUGCUACGGCUGUCCCUCUGGAUCCUUCCCUCCGGGCACCAUCUCUGCAAGAAGUACUCGCAGCCGACCGGUCCAUCUGGGCUGCCGUGGGCACACUAAUGCGAGAUGAGAAGUGGUCGCUGGCUGAUUCCAUUCAUGAGGUUUCCGUCACCCGGCACAUGAUUCCGACUUUGUUAUGUGCCCGGCCCCGGUCCAUGCCUGCCCCUCCGGUCCGGGAACCCACCCGCACAGGGGGCACGGCCGACACGUCACUGCCAGCCAAGCCUGACCGGCCCACGAAGCGUCUCAAAACCGACGGCAAACCGGAAAAACCGACCGGCAAAGCCAAAGCAGAUGCCAAAAAGCUGGCCGGUAAGAAACCCGUCAAGGAUCUGUGGGAAGAGUCGUGGCAUGAGGUGGACGAGAAUGGCAAGGAAAUUUGCAAACGCUUUGUGCUCGGCCGCUGCAAAUUGGAUUCCUGCCGCUUUUCACAUUCCUGCCCGAUUCCGCUCCCUUCCGGCAAACCCUGCGGCCAGAAACACACGGCUGCCAAACACCGCGCCACAUCGCACUGA